AUGGCUUUGUUUUAUGUGAAUGGUGAGGUUAACAGACAGAAUGUUCGAUACUGGUCGCAAAACAAUCCGCAUUGGGUGGAUCAUUCCAAACAGCAAGGAGUGCAAAAAAUUAUGGUGUGGUGUGGUUUGUGGAAAGCUCGUGUGUUGGGGCCAUUUUUCUUCGAUGAACAUGUAACUGGUGAGACUUAUCUCGGCAUGUUUAGAGACCAGGUAAUGCCCAAACUUGAAAGGCUAGGUGAAGGACUUCCUGAGUGGUUCCAACAGGAUGGCGCCCCUGCCCACUUCGCUACGGUAGUAAAAGAUUGGCUGAAUGAAAAUUUCCCUAACUGGAUUGGAAGACGUGGUCAUGUGGAGUGGUCUUCUCGUUCACCAGACCUUAGCCCCUUGACUUCUUUUUCUGGGUAA